ACCCAUCACUGAGGUUGAGGGGACUGAGGACGAAGACCAGCAGGCUGCAGAGCCAGACAGGACCAAAGCAGCAGAAUCAGAGACAGCAGAAACAUCAACAACAUCCACGUCAACCCCAGGCCCAGCAGAGAACCACUGUGGAGGAGGAGGAAGAGGAGGAGAGGAGGAGGCAAUAACCAUCAACCUCCAGCCCUCGAACGCCUAUGAGUUCAACCAGUCCCUGAACGCAGCGCGGGCCCAGUCCAACCUCCCAGCCUGUGCUGAGCUGCUGAGCCGUGUUCCCCCUGAGACUCUGCCCGUCUACCUCAGUAAUCAGCUGGAUGGACACACGGUCAGCUUCAUUUUGCAGACCCUGGACACACAGCUCCUACAGAAGGACCCGAACCUCGUCUACCAGCACCUCAACCAUCUACACACUGCUGACAGGUUCUCGGUCGUCAUGAUGCUGCUAAAGAGUGAACAUGAUCAGAUGACGCGACUGUUUGACCGUCUGUCUGCUGUAGACAGUGAUGCCUUCAGUAAGAACGAUGUGCAGAACCUGGCCAACAAGUACAACUGACCUCUAACCUCUGACCCUGUCUGGCCUGCUGGAGCGCAUCCCAAAUAGGUCCCUAUUACCGAGUGCACUAUGGGAGGGAAUAAGGCACCAUUUGGAAACAGCCGACUUUAAACACGAGUCCAGACUGCAAAUCACUUUGCGUCCGAAAUAACUACUCAAUAUUAUUUUUGUAGGUCAAGUCACAAUUUACCCACGAUACAGCACGGUUUUGAUGUUCUCCAAUGCGACCCUUCACUCUGUCCUGCGUGAAGCUCCCAACAUGCCGUACUGGAUCUAUGCAACGCUGCACAAACCGACUCAGAAGAACGUGCUCAGAGCAUUACGGACCCAAACCGACUCAGAAGAUGCUGAACGUGCUCAGAGCAUUACGGACCCAAACCGACUCAGAAGAUGCUGAACGUGCUCAGAGCAUUACGGACCCAAACCGACUCAGAAGAUGCUGAACGUGCUCAGAGCAUUACGGACCCAAACCGACGCAGAAGAACGUGCUCAGAGCAUUACGGACCCAAACCGACUCAGAAGAACGUGCUCAGAGCAUUACGGACCCAAACCGACUCAGAAGAACGUGCUCAGAGCAUUACGGACCCAAACCGACUCAGAAGAACGUGCUCAGAGCAUUACGGACCCAAACCGACUCAGAAGAACGUGCUCAGAGAUUACGGACCCAAACCGACUCAGAAGAACGUGCUCAGAGCAUUACGGACCCAAACCGACUCAGAAGAUGCUGAACGUGCUCAGAGCAUUACGGACCCAAACCGACUCAGAAGAACGUGCUCAGAGCAUUACGGACCCAAACCGACUCAGAAGAUGCUGAACGUGCUCAGAGCAUUACGGACCCAAACCGACUCAGAAGAUGCUGAACGUGCUCAGAGCAUUACGGACCCAAACCGACUCAGAAGAUGCUGAACGUGCUCAGAGCAUUACGGACCCAAACCGACUCAGAAGAUGCUGAACGUGCUCAGAGCAUUACGGACCCAAACCGACCCGUUUAUUUCUCUCUAUGUAAUAUAUCACAUCUCUACCGACCGCUACUAGGUAUUUCUCUCUCUCCAAAGACCUUUUUCACCCUGAUCUGUUUUAGCGUUAGUUGACCGACAGUAAAUGUUGAAAUGUUGUGAACUAUUUAGCUUUUAAAAAACAUUAAUGCAUAGGUCCAAUGUUCCAAGAUAUCUGUCAGCAUUUCCCUGCUGGGUCCGUGUUCUGCGGGCCAGGUCCAUUCUCCAGCCUGCAGAACCUUUUCAAAUCAGAUAACAACCAUAACAAUGAAUGACUACUUUCCCAGGCUGCUUUGACUGGCCAAUAGGAUGGUUGAUUUGUUUCCCGGGUUUGAAAUUUUAAAAAAAUGUGGAAGGGACAAUGAAUUCCAAGCUUGGAAGACAUAACGACUUGAAUUGACCGGGCUAGCGUUAGCCCCAGAGGCUAUUGUUGUUGUACAGCUUUAUCAUGCUGAUAUUAAACUAGAUUAAUGCAUGAUUCAUAAAUCACAAUAUUAGCCAAGCGUAUAAACGAUCCAAACAGCACUAUUUCCUCUGGGGUUCAAGGAGUAUAUUUCCUCUGGGGUUCAAGGAGUAUAUUUCCUCUGGGGUUCAAGGAGUAUAUUUCCUCUGGGGUUCAAGCAGUAUAUUUCCUCUGGGGUUCAAGCAGUAUAUUUCCUCUGGGGUUCAAGGAGUAUAUUUCCUCUGGGGUUCAAGCAGUAUAUUUCCUCUGGGGUUCAAGCAGUAUAUUUCCUCUGGGGUUCAAGCAGUAUAUUUCCUCUGGGGUUCAAGCAGUAUAUUUCCUCUGGGGUUCAAGGAGUAUAUUUCCUCUGGGGUUCAAGGAGUAUAUUUCCUCUGGGGUUCAAGGAGUAUAUUUCCUCUGGGGUUCAAGCAGUAUAUUUCCUCUGGGGUUCAAGGAGUAUAUUUCCUCUGGGGUUCAAGGAGUAUAUUUCCUCUGGGGUUCAAGGAGUAUAUUUCCUCUGGGGUUCAAGGAGUAUAUUUCCUCUGGGGUUCAAGGAGUAUAUUUCCUCUGGGGUUCAAGGAGUAUAUUUCCUCUGGGGUUCAAGGAGAAUAUUUCCUCUGGGGUUCAAGCAGUAUUUUUCCUCUGGGGUUCAAGGAGUAUUUGACCAUCCAUUCUCUGUCUAGAAACACAAUGCUAGUUUUGGGCCAGUCGUCUCAGUUCUGUGUAUAACCCCCAUUUGUCUGAAAACAAUGAUGAAGCAACUACCAAUGUGCUCAAUACUAACGGGGAAUUAUACAGGACUGCAAGUCAAGGUAAAUGCAAUACUAACGGGGAAUUAUACAGGAAGUCAAGGUAAAUGCAAUACUAACGGGGAAUUAUACAGGAAGUCAAGGUAAAUGCAAUACUAACGGGGAAUUAUACAGGAAGUCAAGGUAAAUGCAAUACUAACGGGGAAUUAUACAGGAAGUCAAGGUAAAUGCAAUACUAACGGGGAAUUAUACAGGAAGUCCAGGUAAAUGCAAUAGUAAUGGGGAAUUAUACAGGAAGUCCAGGUAAAUGCGAUAUUAAUGGGGAAUUAUACAGGAAGUCCAGGUAAAUGCAAUAGUAAUGGGGAAUUAUACAGGAAGUCCAGGUAAAUGCAAUAGUAAUGGGGAAUUAUACAGGAAGUCAAGGUAAAUGCAAUACUAACGGGGAAUUAUACAGGAAGUCAAGGUAAAUGCAAUACUAACGGGGAAUUAUACAGGAAGUCAAGGUAAAUGCAAUACUAACGGGGAAUUAUACAGGAAGUCAAGGUAAAUGCAAUACUAACGGGGAAUUAUACAGGAAGUCAAGGUAAAUGCAAUACUAACGGGGAAUUAUACAGGAAGUCCAGGUAAAUGCAAAGUAAGUGUGUAAAAACAUUUAUCUUUUGAAGAAAUGACCAGAAGUUAUGAAAAUGCCCCAGCAUCAGCCAGCCAGCCAGCCAGUCAGCCAGUCAGUCAGCUAGCUAGCGGAGCACCCUUCCAUCUGCAGUAGUCAGCAGCCUAAUGCAAAAUGCCCCAGCAUCAGUCAGCCAGCCAGCCAGUCAGCCAGCCAGUCAGCCAGCUAGCUAGCGGAGCACCCUUCCAUCUGCAGUAGUCAGCAGUCUAAUGCAAAAUGCCCCAGCCAGCCAGUCAGUCAGUCAGCCAGCCAGUCAGUCAGUCAGUCAGCCAGCAGAGCACCCUUCCAUCCAGCAGUCUAAUGGAUCUACACUGUUCUGUCGUGAACCCAUUUCAGAUGUUCUGUUGUGAACCCAUUUCAGAUGUUCUGUUGUGAACCCAUUUCAGAUGUUCUGUUGUGAACCCAUUUCAGAUGUUCUGUUGUGAACCCAUUUCAGAUGUUCUGUUGUGAACCCAUUUCAGAUGUUCUGUUGUGAACCCAUUUCAGAUGUUCUGUUCGUUGCAGAAGACAAUAGUACAUUUAAAAUGACUUGUCAAAAUGUUAGUGUGUUCUUUCUUUCUGUGUCAACCUCAGUGAUCUGAAUGUACCAGUCGCUUGGUUUAAGCAUUCUAUAGCAAUAUAGCUGCACGGUCAGCGGGCUAGCGGCUCAGGGAGGGAGUCGCUUGGUUUAAGGGAGUCGCUUGGUUUAAGGGAGUCGCUUGGUUUAAGCAUUCUAUAGUAAUAUAGCUGCAUGGUCAGCGGGCUAGCGGCUCAGUGAGGGAGUCGCUUGGUUUAACGAUUCUAUAGUAAUAUAGCUGCAUGGUCAGCGGGCUAGCGGCUCAGGGAGGGAGUCGCUUGGUUUAACGAUUCUAUAGUAAUAUAGCUGCAUGGUCAGCGGGCUAGCGGCUCAGUGAGGGAGUCGCUUGGUUUAAGCAUUCUAUAGUAAUAUAGCUGCACGGUCAGCGGGCUAGCGGCUCAGUGAGGGAGUCGCUUGGUUUAAGGGAGUCGCUUGGUUUAAGGGAGUCGCUUGGUUUAACCAUUCUAUAGCAAUAUAGCUGCACGGUCAGCGGGCUAGCGGCUCAGUGAGGGAGUCGCUUGGUUUAACCAUUCUAUAGCAAAAUAAAAAAUAUGUAAAAAUGUGUUUUAAGUCAAAAAUGUAAAUGGUUCUUUAACAAUAAAACUGGGAUAAAUAGUUUAUACAUGCUUAUUUCUCUGAUACUAUACAAAUCACAAUGAUUGUGAAUAUAUUAAUGUUAUGAAAAACUGAAUAAAAGUGAAGACCAAUUGUC